GGGGCGGAGGCGGCGGCGCUGCCGCCGCUGCCGGGGCUGCGGCUGGUGCAGCAGGGCGCCGAGGCGUGCGUGUACCGCGGCCGCUUCCUGGGCCGGGACGCGGUGGCCAAGCUGCGCCUGCCCAAGCGGUACCGCCACCCGGCGCUGGAGGAGCGGCUGAGCCGGCGGCGGACGGCGCAGGAGGCCCGCUCGCUGCUGCGCUGCCGGCGGGCAGGCAUUUCUGCACCAGUGGUCUACUUCGUGGAUUAUGUCACCAAUUGCAUAUAUCUUGAAGAUAUUGUAGACUCAGUUACAGUUCGAGAUCAUAUUGCUUCUGUACAGCAAUGUGGAAAUGAUGCCAGUAGCCUCCUUCCCCUAGCAGAGAAGUUAGGUGAGCUGUUGGCAAGAAUGCACGAUGAAGACCUUAUACACGGAGAUCUUACGACUUGUAAUAUACUUCUGCGACCACCCCUGGAGAAACUGGACUUGGUGUUGAUAGACUUUGGACUCAGUUUUGUUUCAGGUCUUCCUGAGGAUAAAGGAGUUGAUUUGUAUGUUCUGGAAAAGGCCUUUCUUAGUACUCAUCCUGAUACAGAAACUGUGUUUGAAACUCUGCUGAAGACCUAUGCAGCUACAUCUAAAAAAUCUGGUCCUGUUGUCAAAAAGCUCGAUGAAGUGCGACUAAGGGGAAGAAAGAGAUCCAUGGUUGGCUAAAAGAGAACAGGCUUAGUGAUGGAGAAAUAUUACUACUUAGGUUCUGCAAACAUGUUUAUUUGUACUUCCAAUUAGUUUUAUUUCAAAGAUCACUAUUUUGAUAAAGCUGUCUCUUAAAUAAACUUACUACAGUGUGGCA